AUGCUUCUUGUCAAAAACCCCCAAGUUAAUCAAGGUUCUGCACUACAACCUAUUAAUCCAUCACAUAGCCCUAGAACCGAGUCUCCUGCCAAAAAUCAAGUUCAAGAUUUGAAAAGAACAAGAUCACCACGUUUACUCCCUACCUAUAAAGACAUCCUGCAAAACUCAAGAACUGUUGUAGUGAGGCAAGAACAAUAUUCUUUUUGUUCACUUUCUAGGCCUUCUGUAUCUCCUCCAAGAUCAACUGCAAGGCGCAAUCCAUACACUGAUCCAGAAAAUCAUAUUUGGUCUCCACAAUAUACUGAUCUUGAUAAACCUGAAACACCUGCAAUCAAUCCAAGUUAUAUACCUGUUCCAAAACGGAGCAGAUUACCUUUUACACCAUCAAAUGAUCCUGUUCUUGAUGACAGUGAAAGAGAAUUGCAAGCUAAAGCGAAAAGAUUGGCCCGAUUUAGAGACGAAAAGAUAUGUGUCCAGGUAAAGUUGAUGGAAGAAAGGAAUAUGAAGCCACUUGAUUUAAAUCUGGCAGCAUUAUCAGCAAGAUGCAGUAAAGACUUGGAGUUGAAUUUGGCUAAGUCAUUAUUGUGUGAGAUAGGCCAAUGUACAACUGCUUAUCCAUAUAAUCAGUUAUUUGGAGCAUUAGUCUUAAAGAAUUAUGAAAUGCAAGAUGCAACUUUACUUAGUUGGAAUUUGAUGUACAUAGUAGAUUAG